AGUGUCUAAAAUCUCCGCGCUAAAAGCAUCGAUGCACAUCCUUAUGCUUCCAUUGAUAUCCCUUAGUAUAACUCCUGAACAGUUAGAUCUCUCUCUCUCUCUCUCUCUCUCUCUCUCUCUCUCUCUGUGCGGUUUCGCGUAUGAGCCAAGGGGUGCUUGUGAGCAAUGUUUUCAAAGUCUGGAAUUGAUUUUAAUGGGGAGUAUCCUUUCCCUGUUUUUCAACCUAUGGAUGUAUUUGAGCUUUCUUAGUUGGCUUCAACGUAACAACCGAGUGCAGUUUCUCACCUUGGUGCUGUCUCCCCGUCGCUCAAGACAGCGAAUAGUGACUAUAGCAGUAAAAGCAGUGGGCGUUUGUCAAUGGACGCAUUACUAGAUUAAGGUGCUAGUCGUAUUGUUAAGUAACGUUAGGUCCGUUAGCUGACUUAGAGUACUUUCAUGUAAUCUUAUUGAUACAUUUGUUAUUAUUUUAAUUGUACUGGAUUUUUUGUCGCUGGACUGUGCUUGUUUUCCGUCUUUCAAAGGGAGUGCUUCGGGAUUUGACAAGGGUUUGACUGCAGCGAGAGGCGUCGGGCUGCUGGAGAAGCUCUGCACGGCGAGAAGGUCCCCCCUCUCUCUCUCUCUCUCUCUCUCUCUCUCUCUCCCCCCACGAGCCCCGCACGGCAGGAUGAGUGACGCCUGGAGGUGGCUGCUGGGAGCCUGCCUGCUGGGCGUGGCCUCGGCCGCCGCUCACAGCAGCAACCCGUUCGCGGGCCAGCAGAGCCCGCCGGACCCGUGCUACGAGGACAACGGCGCCGCCCGCCGCUGCAUCCCGGAGUUCAUCAACGCCGCCUUCGGCAAGGAGGUGCAGGUGUCCAGCACGUGCGGCCGGCCGCCGUCCCGCUCCUGCAGCGUGGUGGGGCGCGAGGAGCGGCCCGCCGUGCGCGCCUGCCAGAUCUGCGACGCCUCGGACCCGCGCCGGGCCCGCCCGGCCGCCUACCUCACCGACCUCAACUCGCCCCACAACCUGACCUGCUGGCAGUCGGAGAACCUGCACACCUCGCCGCACAACGUGACGCUGACGCUCUCGCUCGGCAAGAAGUUCGAGAUCACCUACGUCAGCCUGCAGUUCUGCUCGCCCCGCCCCGAGUCGCUGGCCAUCUUCAAGAGCAUGGACUACGGCAAGAGCUGGACGCCCUACCAGUUCUACUCCUCGCAGUGCCGGCGUGUCUACGGCCGGCCCAACAAGGCGGCCAUCACCAAGCAGAACGAGCAGGAGGCGCUGUGCACCGACGGGCACACGGACCUCCACCCCGUCUCCGGGGGGCUCAUCGCCUUCAGCACGCUCGACGGCCGGCCCUCGGGGAAGGACUUCGACAGCAGCCCCGUCCUGCAGGACUGGGUGACCGUCACGGACAUCCGCGUGGUCUUCAGCCGGCCGCAGCUGGCCGCGGCGGGCCGGGAGGAGGAGCCCGGGGCGUCGCCGGCGACCAUGCCGCCCUACUUCUACGCCGUGGGCGACUUCCAGGUGGGCGGGCGCUGCAAGUGCAACGGCCACGCCUCCCGCUGCCUGAAGGACAAGGAGGGCAAGCUGGUGUGCGACUGCAAGCACAGCACCGAGGGGCCCGAGUGCGACCGCUGCAAGCCCUUCCACUACGACCGGCCCUGGCAGAGGGCCAGCGCCCGCGAGGCCAACGAGUGUCUGCCGUGUAACUGCAACCUGCACGCCCGGCGCUGCCGCUUCAACAUGGAGCUCUACAAGCUGUCCGGGAGGAAGAGCGGCGGCGUGUGCAUGAACUGCCGCCACAACACCGCCGGCCGCCACUGCCACUACUGCAAGGAGGGCUUCUACAGAGACCUGGCCCGGCCCAUCACGCACCGCAGGGCCUGCAAAGCUUGUGACUGCCACCCAGUGGGAGCUGCCGGCAAGACAUGCAACCAGACGACGGGCCAGUGCCCCUGCAAGGACGGGGUGACGGGCAUCACCUGCAACCGCUGCGCCAAGGGCUACCAGCAGAGCCGCUCGCCCGUGGCGCCCUGCAUCAAGAUCCCGGUGGUGAACCCCACUGCAGUGGUUAGCAGCACUGAGGAGCCUGCAGAUUGCGAGUCUUACUGCAAACCAGUGAAGGGUAAUCUGAAGAUCAACAUGAAGAAAUACUGCAAGAAGGACUAUGCGGUGCAAGUCAACGUACUGGACAUGGAGACAGUCGGAGACUGGGCCAAGUUUUCGGUCAACGUCAUGGCCGUCUACAAGAGCCGCGGGGAGCCGCUGAAAAGGGGCGACCACUUCCUGUGGAUCCACAUGAAGGACCUGGCCUGCAAGUGCCCCAAAAUCCAGAUGAGCAAACGCUUCCUGGUGAUGGGCACCAGCGAGAGCGGGGCCGAGCGGGCGGGGCUGCUGGCCGACAAGAACAGCCUGGUCAUCCAGUGGCGGGACGUUUGGACGCGACGGCUGCGAAAGUUCCAACGCAAAGAGAAGAAGGGCAAGUGCAGCAAGGCAUGAUGGGAGAACACCCCCCUCCCCAUUCCCAACACGCCCAGGAGCACCGCACAUACAGAGACUGCAUGUAUCUUGCUCGUUUUAAGGACCACUUUGUGUAUAUUGUAUUAUUAUUUUUUCCUUUUUUUGUGUUUUUCAUUUGCGUGUGACUUUCUUUUUUUAUUGGUCUGCCUUGAAAAGGGACCGUUAAAAAGGGUACAACGUGUAAACGAGAGCUGAUGCCAUUCUCUGUCUUGAUAAUGACAGCAAAGUGUCCACUUUUGUCCUCCCAGAUUACUUAUCCAUGUCAUGCUUUUUGCCAAAGCAUGCUACAGUGAUUCAUUUUUUCCCUACAACAAUGAAUGAUAAAGAGACUGAUUUUGGUUUCAGCCAUCUCCUUUGUAGUCACCAGUAAUUGUCCCACAGCUUCCCUGAUCCUAGCACCUUUGUUCCACCAUUUUGCCAUAGAGUACAGUGAAAAUUCAUCGAUCAUCCUCAUUUAUAUCUCAUCUGAAGACCUUUCAUUCUUCCAGCAUAGUGGACUCUUUGAAAGAUGAAUCCCAUAGGACUGUGUUGUCUUGCAAUGCUCUUUUAAUGCAGAACUGGCACUCUGCCUCAGACUUUUCUCAUGACAAGUGCUGUCCUUGUGUUGUGUGUACCCUUCCCAUGAGCCACAGCAGCUAGCAGGCUGCACUCUAUGCUGCUCACAACAAUAAACCAUUGCUGUACCCAUUCCUGCUCCUUGCUGGGGCUUUUACGGAUCUGAUUGGUAGCCUCAACUGUCUAUCAUGUUGCUCAGAUGACAUCUACAGCAUCACAGCUACGCAGCUCUAGAACAACUCCCUUGUUAUUGGAAACCCGGAAAAGAUGUCGUAUCCACUGCCUUUCGACAGGAGAACCUUGAGAAUCGUCAGAGUGGUCAAAGUUCCUCCUCCACUUUUUCCUUUGACUUUGGCCUCUGUUGUACACCAUGCAGAAGAGUGGUAUGGAAAGACUAAUUUCAGCAAGAAGCAUUUACAGCUGCAUAAAUCUCGCCUCUAUUCAUCCGACCGUAUUACAUGAAGUAACCUGGCUAGAAGAGGGUUCCGAGCUCCUUGAUUGUAUUGCAAAGAGCCAGAGGUUCAGUCUUUGAGGGUUCAGGAGAAUGGCUUUGGUUUUGCAGAUUGUGCUUAUGCAGCUGUUUAAGAAACACAGUAAAGUAGAAAAAUGACAGUGGUAACUUUUCCUUUCCCCCAGUAUCUGUUUUUAAAAUGAAUUACAAAACAAGAAUCACGUCACAAUAGACUCAAGUAUAAAACGAUCUUUUCCUUGAAGGUUUUUUGUUUGUUUGUUUCAUUUUUAAGCUAAUUAAAAAUGUAUUUUAAAAACAAGAAUGUAAACAGAAUGUAUGCAUGUUCCAAAAUAGCCAGCUAUUAGCAUGCCUACAGUAAUAUUUUAUGCUAUUAGUUUACUAUUUUGGCUGGAGUGUGCUGUUUGGUUCAUCAUAUUUCCUGGCCCUUCUCAAGCACACUUUCCUACCACCUUGUCAGCUCUCUGAUCCUGUGUGCUUUGUCUUAGAUGUUUGAUAGUAGUGAUGGGAGCAGGCAGACUCCUUCCGUGUCGUGUGUGUCUUGUUUAUUUCCUAAAGAAUGUAUAUAAAAAGGAAAAAUGUAAAAUCGCAUAGAAAACACACAUUUUGAUUGUACUGCCUUCAGUGAGAUUAUAUUGUUUUGCCAAGUAUUUGGACCGGCUUACUGUGAUAUGCCCACGUGUAAGUCAGUGCGUUAUAUUUUACUGGAACAAAGGUUCAGUUGAUCAGGAAUAUAUUGUGGGCAACCGGUAUGAGUCACAUUGAACAUGUGAACAUUUUUUAGGGGUGCAGACAAUUUGUUCAAUAUUUGAGGUGAUUGUUACAUUAGCACCACACUCUCUCCAGAUUGGUAAUGCCAAACCCAGUCUCUAACCAAAGCGUAGCUUACAGAGCCAUCAAGAGUGCAUCAGCCAUCCCGUAAACACUGAAGGACUACUGCUAACAUUUCAGGAGUUGUAGUCUCUGUAUCCAGCUUGAGGACAGGCUUACUGCCAUGGAAUUUAAUGAAUGCAGAACCAAAUGACAGAUUAUUUAUGUAUUGUCUUUCCAUGACUAACAGUCUGACAGAUAGUAUUACAGUAGCAGUCAUUCACUAUGGUGGUAUCAUGAGUUAUGAGUUACACAGCUGUCAUGCAGGAAUGUCACAGUAACACUUCCAAAUGGAUUUCCUGAUUCAGCACAUUGUAUACUGACUUACUCAUGGGCAUAAGCAGUGCCUGUUCAUUUGCUCUUGGACAUCAGAGGCUUAAAUAUAAACAGUGUAGCAAAAAAAACCUACUUUUUUAUUUGUUUUUGUUUUUCUUCAUUAUUGUGCCACCCAGAAUAUUGGAAUAAAAGCCGAAAUCUACCCCAGAAGGGCAAAUGUGUGUAGAAAUGUGAUGCUUCACCAUGUUCCACACUGCUGCUGUAGACACCUGUUGUUUAGACUAAACCAGAGCCAGAAAACUGGGCAGUUUAAUUGAGAACUUAACAAGUUUUCUUAAAACGUGUUCCCCCCCACUUGUAUUUGUAACAUUCACAGGUGUGUGUGCCUCAUUAAAAACCAGGAUAAAAAUCACCAUGCGAGGCAGAUGACAAGUUGGCAAGGAAAAUGUAGUGGGCUUGUUCAAACACCAGAGGUGCAGUUUUUGUGUCAACAGGAUACAUAUGUGAAGUAAAAUUAUUUAUCGGUCCAUAUGAAUUCCGUGUACAGUGUUAAACAAAUAGUUUUUUCUCUACAAAUGUAUUGAAAUUAACUUGAGUCAUAAGAGCUGGACGAGAUAAAGAAAGGACAGAUUAGAGCAAGAUAUCAGCCUUGUACAGUGAAGAACAAACAUCAAUAUCUCAGUGCAGACACCCAACAUUAGGGGGAGAAACAUGAAACAAAUGGCAAGAGGCUGUUGGAUAUUGAGCUUUAAUGAAGAAAAUCUUUCAGGGGUUAUGCACAGGAAAUGGGUAAAAUACAGGCUUAGCAGUGCUCAGCAUCGCCUGAUGUUUUGUCUAUUGUGGGCAGUCUGUGUUUAUGACUCACCUUAUGCUUAAUAGCCUAAACAUUCCAGUUGGAUCCUCUGUUGUUCCAGGGUUGGGGCUUCUCUCUGCCAUUCGUGAAAUGGUGUAUGAAGUCGGCGAUCUGUGGAAGUAGCUUGCAUGUCUUCUCGUAGGAGUGUGGUUAUGUCCCUUUGACCAGAAUGUGGUUUAUGGUUUAAGCUCAGAAAGGAGACAUUUCAUUAGGAGCUCAGACAGGCCAGUUGUAUGGUGAAGUUACAACCUGGAAAGUACUACCUUGGCUUUCAGAAGUAAUUAUACAUACAGUAGCACAAUUGUUACAAACCGCAGAAGUGUUUCCAGUUGGGGAAAAGCUUCCCCAUCUUAAAUGUACAAAGAUUUAUGUCCACUAUUGAGGCAGUCAUGAAGCUUUGGCACAGUGUUUUGUACCUUUUCGGAUGUGUUUGCUGAAUCCGACUAUAUAGCAUCUCAGAUGUGCACUCAAUAUAGAAGAAACUAUUAUGCAAUUUUAUCAAAAACAUGAGCUAAGAAGACCGUGUUGGAACCAACCUGACACUUUGAUGUACCACAGAUGCAAUAGGCAAUAUAGGGAACAACGACACAUCAGGCUGACGUUUUUCGUACUUUUAGCUUGAUUCUAAGUUUCUCUUUGUGACUGAGAUUAUAACUUUGCUGUUAUGUCUGUAAUGUUGUAAAUAUGUACUGCUAUUAACUUUUCCAUUUUGUUUUUGUGAAGCACAUUUCUGUCUUAACAAUGGAAGAGACGGUCCUAGUCACCAUGUCAACAAAGACACGAGGACAGAAGGAAGUGGGGAGCUGUCUGCUUCUCUGUCCUCUCACUUUUAACUUGUCUGCAAAUAUCCUGUUAACUGAGCAUUGGUAAUUCUGUCUCUGCCAUUGUUGGAGCUAAAGGUGUUAUGAUUUGCUGUCUCGUUACAUUCAGGUGUGAGGGGUGUGGCCAAAAGCUGAAUAUCCGUAGCUUAAAUACCAGUGUGGACAGUACCGGAACCUCAUUUGUCUGUCCAAAGCCUCGUAGAUACAGAGGUGCGAAGGCCAGAAGGAACACAGAGCUGACUGCCUCCUGUUUUUCGUCUCUGAGUUGUCCCCCCCGGGGAACAGACCACGCCCGCUGCCCACUUCCCCCCAGAGGACAGCUCUGAGUUCCUUCACACCUCCCCUAUGCCAUGGACAAUUGCUAGCAGCCCCAUGUCACAUCAUUAUAACCACAGUGGAGUGGAAGUUUCAUCUGUCUCUGGCCCCCGACUGGACAAAUGGAUCUUUCUUCUCUGUCCCUGUAUCGGUCACCUUUAUUUCAUCUUUGUAAAGUUCUUUCCUGAUGCAAUGACCACUGACUUUUUAAUCAUAAACAAAAAAUAAAUUAUUAGUUAAUGA